CCAGUCAUUCCCGGACGUUGUGCGUGAAAGCAACUGCGUGUGCUGGUCCCUUUCUCCAUAUAGAGAAAUAUUAAGUGAAAUCAUUUUAUUUGUUCUUAAAAUAAACGUUACUAGAUCAUUGCGAGAACGAAAAAAGUGCUUUAUCAGCCGCUGGUUAACUAUCUCCGCCGACAAGUGAAACAUUCUUAUCAGAAACUGACCACCAACACUUCCGAGCACACACACUAGACUUAUGUUGGCCCUGAUUCACCGCAACGGGUAGCAUCCUCCGUGAAACCGUACUGUGUGAUGGUGCAUUUGUUUUAAUCACUUUAACACAAAAAACCGCGACUGCAAAAGUGUAAAUAGGGCCCGGAUUGAUAACCAUUUGCCAUCGUAAUAACCUCUCUGGCCUGGGGGGACAGUUUUAGACCUCAGCGCCUCGAUUCAGUCACUCGAUCGGUGCACAAGCACGCGGUUGUGCGUAAACGGAAUGCAAUCCGGUGGAACCAGGCGGACCCUGCGAUCGCGCGGUUUUGUGCGUGUGUGAUAAAGUGCUGUGAAUGCACGACGGUGCACGCACCACGUGAAUGUGAAGGUCGUACUUGUGGUUAGAGUAACGAGUUUGUACUUAACGUUGGCGUACUCUACGCGGUCUCUCUCAACGAUCGUUAAUUGAUUAUUUGAAAUUCGAUCGUUGACGAUGACACAAAACAAUCGAUUAAACGCCUCGAUCGAUGAUCUGGUUGAACGGGCACCAGGGGAAAAGGCCAACACGUUACCCUCUUUGAUCGAGAGGGGUAUUGACACGGCCGAUCCUAAGGCAACCAGAAGUGAAGGUACAAUGAUGGAGCUAAACUCCAUCCUGGAGAGUGGUAGCAGCCGGUCCGAGGUAGACGGACGGACGCGCCGAAACCGGGCGAAUCAAACGCAGACCUACGACAUCCAUAAAGGGAUCGCCGAAAGUGCGAUGGAUAUUUCGCUGCUGACUGCCAACGCCAACCAGUUGCGGCUGCUGAUAACGUACAACGAACGGUCCAGCACGUACCUGGCCUGCAUUGCGCUGGUCAUCACCUCGCUCGUGCUGCAGAUUGUUGUCGCUAGCGGUGUGAUCAUUGUCAAGAGCCAUCCAAAGUCGAAGCCUAGUUCAACGAUACAUCGGUUGAAGAUUGCUACCUCCAUCCUGGUUACGAUCAUCACCGUGAUCAACAUACUGGUAGCAUCGUUGGUAAUAACCGAUAGGCCAUCCUACCGCGAGGAUCGUAGCGCCUCUAAUCAGCCAUAA